AAUUUGAGGGGCGCGCUGCUGCAUCAUUGGAUUCGUGUCCAUGUGAAUUUCGAUAAUUCCUAUCGUCGUCCUUUCUCCUUCACAUCACAGCAACGCUCUUUCAAGAUGGACCAGCUCCGCGAUCUUGACAUUGAUGUCGACCAGCUUGCCGUGCCCGCCACGCAAGUCUUUGCCUUCAUUGGUCUGCUCUGGCUGUCCCUCAAGAUCUUCUCCUUCUGGCGAUUGAUCGCAUCGCUCUUCAUCCUGCCUGGCAUUUCGCUGUCCAAGUUUGGAAAGAAAGGCACCUGGGCUGUCGUCACCGGCGCAUCCGAUGGCAUCGGAAAGGAGUUCGCUGUCCAGCUCGCCGCCAAAGGCUUCAACCUGGUCCUUGUCUCCCGCACCAAGUCCAAGCUCGACACACUAAGCUCUGAACUUGAGAACAAAUACAAUGUGCGCACCGCCGUCCUCGCGAUGGACUUUGCCGCCAACAAAGACGCCGACUACGAGGCGCUACAAAAGCUAGUUGCGGACCUGGACGUGUCCAUCUUGAUCAACAAUGUCGGACAGAGCCACAACAUCCCAGUCCCGUUCGCGGAGACACCCGACGAUGAGAUGCGCAACAUCAUCACCAUCAACUGCACCGGCACCCUCCGCGUCACCAAGAUCAUCGCACCCGCCCUGAUCAAGCGCAAGCAAGGUCUGAUCCUCACCAUGGCAUCCUUCGGCGGUAUCCUCCCCACACCACUCCUCGCGACAUACAGCGGCAGCAAAGCCUUCCUCCAACACUGGUCCUCCGCUCUCGCCUCCGAGCUCGCGCCCCACAACGUUCACGUCCAGCUCGUGCAAUCCUACCUCGUCACCUCCGCCAUGAGCAAGAUCCGCAAGACAUCCACGUUGAUCCCCAACCCGAAGCAAUUCGUCCGCGCCGCCAUCUCCCGAAUUGGUCGCUCGGGUGGUGCACAAGGCAUUGCGAACACGAGCACUCCAUACUGGUCGCACGGAAUCAUGCACUGGGCGCUUUUGACCUUUACGGGUACGACGAGUGGCUUGGUCAUUGGACAGAACAAGACCAUGCAUGAGAGCAUUCGUAAGCGGGCUCUGAAGAAGGCUGAGCGGGACGCGAAGAAGUCUACGUAAUGGGCAC